GCCAGAUGAGAGCCAGUGUGUACAGAACUAAUGCCUGGUUAUGUUACACUGGGAAUGAAAGACAGACAAGUAUGUUUUCAUUCUCAUACUCUAGUAAUUAUGUGGUGAGUUCACAGCUCACAGUACAAAAAAAACACAUUCUGAUAUUGUCUACAGUGAUGGAAAGGACAGUCAACAACUACACAGCCUGGAUGAAACAUGAUGUAUUAAUGACUCUUUUCAUAUUCCCCAUCCAAUCAUGGACUGUUCCUUAGUCGAGUAAAUUCUGAAUCUGUGACUUAUCAACAAUAUGGCGGAUCAUAGUGAGCAGUACGAAAAGUCUUGGAUUCUGCAUCAUAUCCUUGACAGGUUUAUAGGGAGCCCAGAGUUAGUGGAAACAAGGAGGAGGAGGGAUUCCAGUUUUCCACAGGACAGCAAAGAUAAAACAGUUUUCAUGAUGAGAAAUGCUGACUGCCGACCUGGUUACGUGACCCUUGAACUAGUUAAUCUGGUGCCGACUUGCAUUGAACUGAUCAAGCGAUCUGUUGUUCCAGUUCGAGAUGUAUUUUACAUAUCAAGUGAAAUGUUUAGACGGGAGUGUGCUGAUGCUUUGUGUGAUAGAUUAGAUUCAAUUGUGGAAACACAUGGCCCAGCUGCUUGUCUGAAGACUGAACAUUGUGACAUUAUAGUUGAUGGUGACAUUGUACAUUCCUUUCCGUGUACUAGAUGGCCACAAGAAGCUUAUGAGUGGGUGAGUCGUCCUCGCCAGCAUGGAUGGCCAGAUAAAGCUUUGAGAGAUCAGAUAGUAAGUGGCGGUUGCCAUCUAGUCCCUGUAGGUGACAAGAUGUCUGAUGCCACAUUUCUUCAAUGGCGGCUAUCAUUUACAACUGCGGAAAGGAAACUUAUUAAUUCUCUUACUCAUACACAGUUUCUAAUAUAUGGACUUCUCAAGUACUUCCUUAAGCAAAUAUCAGACAGGUUGAAGCAGAUAUUUGGGGAUGAAAAUAUCCUAUCAUCCUAUAUCAUAAAAACAAUUAUAUUUCAUGUUGUAGAAAGCACACCCGGUUCAGUAUGGCAAGAGAAAAAUACAUUUUUCUGUUUUAUGCUUUGCUUAAAGGUUUUGAUUGCCUGGGUGAAUGCAGGAUAUUGCCCAAAUCAUUUCAUCAAUAUUAACAAUAUGUUCCGUGGGAAAGUUCAGGGUGAAAACCCGCAAAAACUUCUUCGUCUCUUAAUUGAUCUCGAUGAUAUGAAAUGGGACUGUCUUUCAGUUGGAACAGUCAUAGAACCAUCUUUCGGGAUCCUUUUGCAAAGUGUGAGGAAUGGGGCAUGGCAAUUAGUACUACGUCCACCAACAGAAUCAGAACUGAAAUGCGACAUGGAAAUAUUCUCUGCAGCUUUUGUAACGGAUAUACUGCCUGAUGUACUAGCAGUGUCAUUAUCCCUCUUAUCGGUAUCAAACUUUGGCAGUGAUGAGUUCAUAGCUUACAUCACAACAGACUCAUGUAUUCCACAGGACACCAAGGAUAAAACAGUUUUCAUGAUGAGAGAUGCUGACAGCCGACCUGGAUGGCCACGAGAAACUAACGAGUGGAUGUAUGGUAUGGGAUCAGUAGAGGAAGAUGUCAGUGUGGUCAGUGGCGGUGAUCAAUCCAAAACGAUGUCAGUGUGGUCAGUGGAAUGGUCGGUAAAGGUAGAUGUCAGUGUGCACAGUAAAGGUGAUCAGAAGAGGAAGAUGUCAGUGUGGUCAGUGGAAUGGUCAGUAAAGGUAGAUGUCAGUGUGCACAGUAAAGGUGAUCAGAAGAGGAAGAUGUCAGUGUGGUCAAUGGAAUGUUCAGUAGAAGUAUAUGUCAGUGUGGUCAGUGGUGGUGAUCACUCCAAAAGGAUCUCAGUGUGGUCAGUGCAAUGGUCAGUAAAGGUAGAUGUCAGUGUGCACAGUAAAGGUGAUCAGAAGAGGAAGAUGUCAGUGUGGUCGAUGGAAUGGUCAGUAGAGGUGGAGAUGUAUGGCAUGGGAUCAGUAGAGGAAGAUGACAGUGUGGUCAAUGGAAUGUUCAGUAGAAGUAUAUGUCAGUGUGGUCAGUGGUGGUGA